GAUACAUAAGAGACUCUCGUAUUGUUCUUCGACCCGCUUCGAUUCUCUUUUUCUAGCAUCAUACGUCCCGAUCCGACCGCAGGGCCGAAUUCGACUGUUCUAACCGCCCUCACGAGCUCGUGUCCCGCCCCCCUAUCGCCUUCGAUUUGCCUCCGACUCCAGCGCGAGCUGCCUGUCGCCUAAAGCUGCGGCAUGGUAUCGGGCCCCUUCCUGGCUAGAACAUGGGCUCUGUUGCGUUUACAAGGUCUACAGCUACAUCGGGAGUUGGGGCGCAAGGCGUUGUGGCCUCUGCGAUGGAUAACAACUCCGGAAUCGCCGCGAAUGGCGCUGCUAGGCAUAACGCGGGUAGCGAUUCGGGCGCCGGAAGGGCACCCUUUCGCCACAUAGACGACUUAGUUUCGGUCAACGUCGACGUCGAUCCCCAUGCUCCGCUUCGGAAGCUCCUUGAGCUUGGUGAUGCCUCUAUGCGCCAAGCCAUGACCUGGUACACUUUCGGUCGCCGAGACUUAGCAUUGAUGGAAUAUAUCAAGGCAUUCACGAUUGCUGUGGAUAAGAUACCGAGGCACAAAGACUAUCCCUCCUUGACAUCAGACCGGGGCGCGCUCGGUCGUCAGUAUAAUGCUCUCAAACAGCAGAUUACCACGAAGAGUGCAGAUUUCUCCAAAAUAAAGAUCGAAAUUCAAGAAGAUAAUCGAAGGAGUGGUGUGCGACCGAUGUCAUCUUCGAGGACUUCUCUCGACCCCGCACCGGCGAGCAGAUCGAGUGCGGUGUCGGCGCAGUCCAGGGUUAGCAGCCCUCCAAAUCACCAGGGGAACGAAUCGAAGAAUAGUUUCGAUACGCCAGAUGGAAGUGGUCGCGCGGAGGAUGCUAGGGAAAAUGCCAGCGGAAGCCGCAAAGUAAAACCGCCGGUACAGCCUAAACCCCAAGCGCUACAUGGAAAGGCUAUCAGGCAGGCGUCGGAGAGUGUUCCAGACGAUCUCGCUAGCCGAUUUGCUCGGUUACGCGAGUCCCAGAAGCCCGGGAAUGCAACGAAAGCAACGCAACCGGCCGGAACCGGGUCGGUGCCUUCGCUUCACCAACGAUUACCCUCGCUUGACAGCUCUGUGCCAUCCAUGCCAAAGCUUCCCGACGCGAUAUAUAGUCCCGCAAGAGGUACCAUAACCAGCGAGGUUGCCAAUCUUCCGUCGAGCACUCCUCGUGGAAUGUUUAGCCGGACGAAUUCCAUCACCUCUACCCCUAGCGCCUCGGCCCGCAUCUCGACAGAAAUUGCAAUUAGGGCCUUCAGCAAUGAACAAUUUGUGGCGGCUCAUGCGUAUGGAGCCUCUCUGCCGUCAAUGACACCAGCGGGAGUACGAAUCCCAAGCGGGGAAACCAUUACAGCCAGAGCACUCGCGGACCUGCUAAAUCGAGCCUCUCCAAAGGUGGAAGUUCUCAUUAUUGACGUCCGGAGCCGUGAGUCUUUCGAUAAAGGGCACAUACCAUCGGAUAAGACAAUCUGCGUAGAGCCGGAGAUCCUCACAAGGGAGAACGUAUCCGCGGAGCAGAUUGCCGAUAGCAUGGUUCUUGCCCCAUCGAAUGAGAGGCUUGCGAUAGAACAGCGUGACAAGGUUGAUCUGGUGGUUAUCUACGACGGCGACAGCACCUCUAUACCGACUAGAAUAACGGGGGAUUCCGCAGAAAUGAUCCUGUACAAUGUGCGCCAAGCUUUGUCGUAUUACAGCUAUAGUAGACCGCUCAAAACCAACCCAAAGCUUUUAACAGGCGGCCUAAACGCCUGGGUGGACGAAUUCGGGGGGCACUCACUCGCAGUGUCUGAUACAUUAACAGAUCCUUCACCGAGAACGGGAGAUAAAAGACGGUUACGGGCCAAACCACUUAAUCAAGAUGAGAUCAACCAGUUCGAGGAAACAAUCAAGGAAGACCAAACGGGGGCUUCUACCUUCGACUACAUCAAAACCAGGGAAGAUUUCGUUCGCCGCUAUCCGAGUGUCACGGGUAUCCCCGAAUCCAUGACCGGUCCCGUCAGGGAAGAGCACGUUCAGUCCGGGCAUAUCCCGGAUUCGACGGAGGACUUCUUAGCUGGCAUAUCGCCGGCUCCGCCUAGGCGGCCGGCGCCUGCUAUGGCGAGAACGAGAUAUAGCGGACUGGAGUCCAGAGAUAGCGAUACGGAUGUUGGUUCUGUUGCCACGCAGGGAUCCGCUUCGUCGUUGUGGCAAUCUCGUACUGGGCUUCAAAACCCCCAGAACUGGUGCUACGCAAACUCUACUAUACAAAUAUUCCUCUCUUCAUCAGGGUUUGCCGAUGAGAUGGUCCGAUCUGACUGGCCCGAUCGUUGGCGCAUAAGCGCGGACCGACGACCAAACCGACCGCAGCUGAUGGCAAAGAUACUAGGCAAUCUGCUUCAGUGGAUGAAUAAGAGACAGUUCGAAGUAAUGAGAGCCACGACGUUUAUGCACUACUUACGCUCCAUUCAUACGGGAUAUGUUGGGGAUCGAGGGCGUGUGAUUCGCCUUGGAGAUGACAACCAGCAGGAUGCUGAGGAGUUCACGAAUUUUGUCUUCGACCAACUUGCGGCCGAGACUGACAUGAGCAGCAGCCUAUCCAGUAGUCCCGCGCCAGUGGUGCCGGCCGAAGCGUCUUUGCUCGUUUCGUUUGUCAUCAAGGAUUGGUGGCGUAUAUCAGUUUCGAGUUCCUCGAUGAUCGACCAUUACUGGCGGGUGUUUGAGGUGAACGAAAGGGUGUGUGAUUCCUGCGGAGAAGUGGGCUUUUUCCCCGAGAACACGCACGGCACGUUCGUAUCGCCGCCUGCCCGAAGGCGCGACGUCCAAACUCCGCUGGAAAAACUGCUGGAAGACCAACAGUGGACGUCGAACGCAAAUAUCCAAGUGACCUGCGAGAAGUGCCAAAGCACGCGUCACCAGCGGUGGACGCGUCUGGCCAGAAUACCUCCCUUGUUCCGCGUGGUUAUCAGAAGAAGCGUGCCGACGAUGACGGGCGGGAUGGUGAAGCGGAUGGACCCGAUAUCGUUCCCGAUCGACGACUUCGACGUGAGCCCGUACAGCUUGGCCGAGGAGGUGCGGUCGCAGGCGGCGGCGGCGCUGGGGCCCGAGCACAACGACGGCUUCUUGGGCCCGAGGAUGUACGACCUCUACGGCAUCCAGUGCCACUACGGAGCCACCACGCAGUCGGGCCACUACUGGUGCUGGGUCCGCGUCGGCAGGGACGCCUGGCUCAAGUGCGAGGACCACAACGUCUCGUACUACUGCGGCGACAUAUGGAGGCGCGAGCGCAACGCCAUGUUCAACUGCGACGGGAACGUCACGCCGGUUCAGCUAUUUUACAAGCGGAGAGAUAUACCCUGGAGAUGGGACCCGCGGUGAUAGGGAGCGCGCAGGUAUAUAUAUAUAGAGGGAGGAGGAGGAGGAGUCGCGGGACCUUUACCAUAUCUUAGAAAUUUCUGUGGGAAGCAGAGAGAGGGGAGGGGACAGGCAUAUAUACUCGCGUAGAUUUUUGAGGGGGACCGGGGCCGGGCGGCGUGCCCCGACUUACCCAGCAUGUGA